AUGGAAGAAGAAUUUAAAGAGAACCAAUUCAAGCCAUGGUCACAGUCCGUUUCCCAGUGUCUGAAAGAGUACAAAGUCGAACUCGACAAAGGCCUUAGCGCCCACAAGGUCAAAGACCGCCGGCAGGCGCACGGCUCGAACGAGCUCCAGAAAGAAGCGAAAAACCCAUUAUGGAAACUUGUCCUCGAACAAUUCAAUGACACGCUCGUCAAAAUUCUGUUGCUAGCCGCCCUCAUUUCGUUUAUCCUCGUGUAUUUACAGGAAAGCGAGCCUGGCCUCGAAUCAUAUGUCGAGCCAUUCGUGAUACUCUCGAUUCUAAUCCUAAACGCCAUAGUCGGAGUUUGGCAAGAAGGCAACGCCGAAAAAGCCCUCGAGGCCUUAAAGGACCUGCAGUGCGAGUCAUGUAAGGUUCUGAGGGACGGGUAUCUCGUGCCUGAUAUGCCCACGCGUGAGCUCGUCCCGGGAGAUAUUGUGGAGCUGCGUGUGGGGGAUAAAAUCCCGGCCGACAUGCGUGUGGUCACGUUGAAGACCUCGACUUUCAGAGUGGAGCAGAGCUCGCUGACCGGCGAGGCCAUGCCCGUGCUGAAGGCCCCUGCGAAUAUAUUCCCUGAUGAAUGUGAACUGCAGUCUAAGGAUAACAUGGUUUUUGCAGGCACAACUGUGGUCAAUGGCAGCUGUGUCUGUAUAGUGACGGGCAUCGGCAUGCACACGGAAAUUGGGAAGAUACAGACACAGAUACAUGAGGCAUCUCUGGAGGAGAAUGAGACCCCGUUGAAAAGGAAGCUCGAUGAGUUUGGCAACAGGCUCACAACUGCGAUAGGCUUCAUUUGUCUUGCUGUGUGGGUCAUCAACUAUAAGUAUUUUCUAACAUGGGAGGUCGUGAACGGGCGGCCAUCGAAUUUCCAGUUCUUGUUUGACAAGUGCACUUACUAUUUCAAAAUAGCAGUUGCCCUCGCAGUUGCUGCUAUUCCUGAGGGGCUGCCGGCUGUCAUCACGACGUGUCUGGCUCUGGGGACGAAGAGGAUGGCACGGAAGAACGCGAUUGUCCGGAAGCUUCCGAGCGUGGAGACCUUAGGGUGCACGACAGUGAUAUGUUCGGACAAGACGGGGACUUUGACGACCAAUCAGAUGGCGGUGACUGAGUUGUUCUCGUUGGCGGAUGAGAGUGGGGUCCCGCGGGUUUUUAGUGUCAAGGGCACGACUUACGACCCGAGGGAUGGAGGCAUAGUGGAUUGGAGCAGCCGUAAUAUGGAUGCUAAUUUGCGGGCUGUGGCCGAGAUUUGCGCGGUUUGUAAUGACGCGGGUGUGUAUUGCGAUGGUCGUUUGUUUAGGGCGACUGGACUGCCUACAGAGGCUGCUCUGAAGGUUUUGGUUGAGAAAAUGGGGGUUCCAGAUGAUGAGGUUAAGGAUAGAGUUCGGUAUAUGAAGUUCUGGGCAAACCAUUUGAUUGAUCGGAACACUGUUAAAUUGGCAUGCUGCGAGUGGUGGUCAAAAAAUUCGAAAAGGGUGGCGACACUAGAGUUUGACCGUGUCCGUAAAUCAAUGAGUGUUAUUGUUCGUAAGCCGAAUGGGUCCAAUCGACUUCUUGUCAAGGGUGCCGUUGAGAGUUUGCUCGAGCGUACUUCCCACAUACAGCUUGCUGAUGGAUCUACAAUCCCUAUCGAUGAACAAUGCAGGCAACUGUUGUUAUCCAGGCUCUUGAACAUGAGCUCAAAGGGCUUGCGGUGUUUGGGCCUUGCCUAUAAGGAUGAGCUAGGAGAGUUAUCAGAUUACUAUGCUGACAAUCAUCCGGGCCACAAAAAGUUGCUCGACCCCUCCUCAUAUUCCUCAAUUGAAAGUGGCCUAAUUUUUGUAGGGAUAGUUGGCAUAAGGGAUCCUCCUCGUGAGGAAGUUCACAGCGCGAUCGAGGACUGCAAGAAAGCAGGAAUAAAUGUUAUGGUGAUAACAGGGGAUAAUAAAUCAACGGCCGAGUCUAUCUGUAAGGAGAUCGGGUUGUUUUUGGAAGGUGAGGAUCUUACAGGGAGGAGUUUUACUGGAAAAGAAUUUAUGGCUAUUCCUUCUGCAAAGCAAAUGGGCAUUUUGUCAAGGCCCGGUGGAAAGGUGUUUUCACGGGCCGAGCCCAAGCACAAGCAGGAUAUUGUGAGGAUGCUUAAGGAUAUGGGGGAAAUUGUUGCCAUGACUGGGGAUGGUGUGAAUGAUGCACCUGCUUUGAAACUUGCUGAUAUUGGCAUAGCUAUGGGCAUUGCUGGGACUGAGGUAGCAAAAGAAUCAUCAGAUAUGGUUUUGGCCGAUGACAAUUUCAGCACGAUCGUGUCAGCUGUUGCGGAAGGCCGUUCGAUAUACAACAAUAUGAAAGCUUUUAUCAGAUACAUGAUCUCGUCAAACAUUGGUGAGGUUAUAUCAAUAUUCUUGACUGCUUCACUUGGGAUACCAGAAUGCUUGAUACCCGUGCAGCUCCUGUGGGUGAAUCUGGUCACAGACGGCCCACCAGCCACCGCCCUCGGAUUUAACCCACCCGAUGUCGACAUCAUGCAAAAACCGCCCCGCAAAAGCAACGAUGCUCUCAUCAACUCCUGGGUUCUCUUCCGCUACAUGGUGAUCGGGUCGUAUGUGGGCAUAGCAACGGUUGGCGUGUUCAUCCUGUGGUACACACGGGCAACAUUCCUGGGGAUAAACUUGGGUGAGGACGGGCACACCCUAGUGACCCUAUCUCAGCUUCGUGAUUGGAGCAGUUGCCCCUCGUGGCCCCAUUUCAACCCGUCUCCAUUCAGGGUCUCCGGCGGCCGCACGAUCGCCUUGUCGAGCCCGUGCGAUUACUUCACAGCCGGGAAAGCAAAGGCGAUGACGCUGUCCCUGUCGGUGCUGGUGACAAUUGAGAUGUUGAAUUCCGUAAAUGCCCUCUCGGAGGACAACAGUUUGGUGAGGAUGCCGCCGUGGAGGAACCCCUGGCUGCUCGUCGCCAUGUCAGUUUCUUUAGGUUUGCAUUGUUUGGUGCUGUACGUUCCUUUGCUGGCCAACGUGUUUGGAGUGGUGCCGUUGGGUUUGAACGAGUGGGUCCUAGUGGUCGCAUUGUCGGCCCCGGUCGUGGUUAUUGAUGAGGUGCUCAAGUUUGUGUGUAGGAGGAGGAGAAGAGCCAGGACUAAAGUGAAGCUGUUGUAA